AUAGAACAACGCGACUUGUGACUACGGUGUGAUGUAAGCGUGGCAUUCUAUCUUUUAGGUGAUUUUAUUAAAGUUACUCAUCAUCCUGAUUUAACCGGUCGAAAAAUUGUCUAAGAAAAUGUCGCUUAGGCAAGGUGUACAGCGAUUGUAUUACAUGCGGAGACCAACUCGAUUUAGUAAAGGAAUCGGUGCCGAAUUGCCGAAAGAAUUCAAAAAAUUCUGGAAUGAAUGGAUGUCCCGGCCACCAGCUGCGGUUCAUUACAUUAAGCAGGAAGGCACUUAUUGGAGAAAUGAAGAAACUGAAGAAGUAUUUCGAGUACAAAAUGUGGCACUACCUUUAACGUAUCCUAAAGAGAUUGAUCACGGUAUAUGGGGAGGAGAAGCCAUUGUUCAGGGCUUCAAGAAAAAAGGCAAAUAUAAGAGAAGAGUCCCGCACUUUUGGAUCCCUCAUCUGAAGAAGUCUGUUGUUUACAGCGAAGUUCUUGAUUCACAUAUGAGCGUCGUCGUUACUAAUAGAACAAUCAAAUUAAUUCACGAAAAUUAUGGAUUCGACCAUUAUUUAUUGAAGACGCCAGCCUGCGAUCUGAGAUCUCUACUUGCUUUGAGACUGAAGCGUCAGAUACUUAUUGCACUAGCAGAUAAGACUUUAUAUCCCGAUGAUCCAAAAAAGCGUGCAGAAGUUUACGCUACAUACGAACACUAUCUUUCAGCUUAUACGAGGGAAGAAAUAGAAUGGUAUGGUUUAUCAUUCAAGGAAGCAUGUAAAAAGUGGAUAAAGUUGAACGAGACAGAACCACAACCUUUGAAAAUCCAAUAUAGAUCAGAAUUAAUUGCCAAACUCAAGGAGAAUAAAAUUGAAGAAGCUGAAAACGUGGAUGUUGUAUCGCCAGAGAAAACUUCUUGGUUAAACAAAUUGAAUCCCUUCGCCAAACGCCCGAGGACCGACUAGGUAAAUUUCUGUUUGUUGUCUAUAGCAAAACAAAUAUUUUUAAUUGCUAAUUUUAUGAAUGUUGUCAUUCUUGUUGUCACUUUCUUCCUUUGGGAUACACAUUUUCUGACAAUUAUAAAUAUUAAUACAAUAUUAAUACAAUGAAGGAAAUAAAGUAGCUUUAUUAGAACAAGCAUAUUUCUUUAAAUGGACGAAUGUUGUACCUGUUUCCCAAUUUUCGAAAUAUGCGGUAAUAAGUUUCAGUAGCAACAAUACUGAAUGUUAAUAUUACAAUAUCAAUCUCUGUAUAAUGUAUGUAUUGCAAGUUAUAAAUACUAAUUUGAUAUUUACUAGAGAGAAA